AAAUAUGGCAAGUUUGCUUUUUUAAUUCUCAAACAAUAUUUUUAUCCUAUUAUUAAUCAUUAUUAGUAAUACUGUUUCUUAUUAUUUAUGUGGGGGAGGUUUUCUUUGUUUUGUACUUUUGUUUGAUUUUUUUUGGUUGCUUUUUCUUUUUCUGAUAUUUUUUUUUAUAUGAGAGAAAUGUUGGGAAUUUAUGAGGCUGUGGAGUUUCAGUGUCCUUGUGCAACUGAAAAGUUUUGUUGUGUGGUUCUGUUCUGAAGUUGGUCUAGCAGAAACAGGAGAUCCUCCUAUGGUGAUAUGGAAGGUCUGAUCAUGUUAAUGUAAAAAAAAGCUGAGAGGUUGAUCUUGAUAUUGGGUCUUUGUGGCUUUCCCGGAACCAUUGAAAUGAGUUUGAGUUAUCAUGUUGUUGGUGGAGGUGCAAGCGUGUGAAAUCCUCUAUUUCUUGCAUGUGUUGUACCUGGCCUACAUGCAACUCUAACUGGAUAAGAAUGGAGGGUUCUUCUGGGUCUGCUUGGCAGAAGUCUGAAAGUUCUAGGGCCUUAAAUAGUUCUGGAGUCUCAGACAGGAACCAAAGGCUUCAUUGUCCUGAAAGAAACCCCUUCUCUGGUGAGGCAUCACAUGAUUCUGGUUUUGAAAAGGAAAAGGAUAGGGUUCUGUUGGCACAAGAUGAUAAGCCUGAGAAUCUUGGUGGGGUUUCUGGGUUUUGUGAGGAUGAAGUAGAGGCUGACCCUUUUUUUUGUUCUAUAGAAUUGGGUGAUAUUAGCUUGAGGCAGUGGUUAGAUAAACCUGAAAGAUCAGUAGAUGUCUUUGAAUGCUUCCACAUAUUUAAGCAAAUAGUAGAAAUUGUUAAUUUAGCGCAUUGUCAAGGAGUUGUAGUUCAUAAUGUGAGGCCUUCCUGCUUUGUCAUGUCAUCUUUCAACCAUAUCUCAUUUAUUGAAUCAGCAUCUUGUUCAGAUAGUAGCUCGGAUUCUUUGGGAGAUGGAUUGAAUAACCAAGGUGUUGAGGUUAAAACUCCAACAUCUCUCUGUCCCCAUGAUAUGCAUCAGCAGAGUUUAGGAAGUGAAGAUUUUAUGCCUGUCAAUACUUCAACAACUGCUUUGACAGAUUCUAGUUGCAUGCUGUCAAGUGCUGUGUAUGCGGCUCGUGCAUCAUUAAUAGAAGAAACAGAAGAGAAUAAAAUGAAAGAUAGAAGAAAGGCUGAAGAAGUAGAAGGAAAGAAUCAAUCAUUUCCAAUGAAACAGAUACUACUAAUGGAGAUGAGUUGGUACACUAGUCCUGAAGAGGUUGCUGGUACUCCUAGUUCCUGUGCUUCGGACGUUUACCGAUUAGGGAUUCUCCUUUUUGAGCUAUUCUGUCCACUUAGCUCAAGAGAAGAAAAGAGUAGAACAAUGUCUAACCUUAGACAUAGAGUUCUUCCUCCACAGUUACUUCUAAAGUGGCCUAAAGAAGCUUCAUUUUGCUUAUGGUUACUACACCCUCAACCUAGUAGUCGUCCAACACUUGGGGAGUUGUUGCAAAGCGAGUUCCUUAAUGAACAGAGAGAUGAUAUGGUAGAUCGUGAAGCAGCGAUAGAGCUUAGACAAAGGAUAGAGGAUCAAGAGUUGUUGCUAGAAUUCCUUUUGUUACUUCAACAGAGAAAACAGGAAGUUGCGGAGAAGCUGCAACAUACUAUCUCUUUUCUGUGUUCAGAUAUUGAAGAAGUGACCAAGCGGCAAACUAGAUUUAAAGAGAUUACUGGCGCUGAACUAGGGAGUGAUGAUCGUUCAGCAUCAAGUUUCCCAUCCAUGACAAUGGAUGACAGUGAGGAUUCUGGUUGUCUAGGGACUAGAAAACGAGUUAGACUAGGGAUGCAUGUUAAAAACAUUGAGGAAUGUGAUGAUGACAUAGGUGAUGAUCAGAAAAAUCAUGGAAGUUUUCUUGAGAAAAGUUCACGGCUAAUGAAGAACUUUAAGAAACUAGAGUCAGCGUACUUUUUAACACGAUGCAGAUCAGCCUAUUCCUCAGGGAAACCAGUGGUUAGACAUUCACCUAUAGAAAAUGAUGGUAGAGGGUCUGUUGUUGCAACUGAAGGAAGUUGCAUCAAUAACUUAGCAUCAAAAGAGCAGUGCAGGGAGGGUACAAGUGCUUGGAUAAAUCCUUUCCUUGAGGGUUUGUGCAAAUACUUGUCUUUCAGUAAGCUAAAGGUUAAGGCUGACCUGAAGCAAGGAGAUCUUUUGCAUUCUUCCAAUCUAGUAUGCUCACUCAGUUUUGACCGUGAUGGAGAAUUUUUUGCUACUGCGGGUGUGAAUAAGAAAAUUAAAGUGUUUGAAUGUGAUACAAUCAUAAACGAGGAUCGUGAUAUUCACUAUCCGGUAGUGGAGAUGGCGAGCAGUUCAAGGUUGAGCAGUAUAUGUUGGAAUACUUACAUCAAAAGUCAAAUUGCUUCAAGUAACUUCGAAGGGGUUGUACAGGUGAGUCAAAUGAAAUGCACUUGAAAGAAAAGGGUAUUUUAAAUAUUAUUGAAUUGUGUAUUAAUAUGGUACAAAGAGGUCUCUAUUUAUAGAGACCAAAAACCCUAAUUCUUGACCUAAUGGGCUUGGCCCAAUACAACAAAUACUAAU